AUGGUCACUCAGAUACUCGGGGCCAUGGAGUCUCAGGUGGCAGGGGGCCCGGCCGGCCCGGCCCUGCCCAAUGGGCCACUCCUUGGUACGAACGGAGCCACUGACGACAGCAAAACCAACCUCAUCGUCAACUACCUGCCCCAGAACAUGACCCAGGAUGAGUUCAAGAGCCUCUUCGGCAGCAUCGGUGACAUUGAGUCCUGCAAGUUGGUUCGGGACAAGAUCACAGGGCAGAGCCUCGGCUACGGGUUUGUGAACUACUCUGACCCCAACGACGCAGACAAAGCCAUCAACACCCUCAACGGCCUCAAACUACAGACAAAGACCAUCAAGGUGUCCUACGCCAGGCCCAGCUCGGCUUCCAUUCGGGAUGCCAACCUGUACGUCAGCGGGCUCCCCAAGACCAUGAGCCAGAAGGAAAUGGAGCAGCUCUUCUCCCAAUACGGCCGAAUCAUCACCUCCCGAAUCCUGGUGGACCAGGUCACAGGCGUGUCCCGGGGCGUGGGGUUCAUCCGCUUUGACAAGAGGAUUGAGGCCGAGGAGGCCAUCAAAGGGCUGAACGGGCAGAAGCCACUGGGUGCAGCCGAGCCCAUCACAGUCAAGUUUGCCAACAACCCGAGCCAGAAGACGGGGCAGGCCCUGCUGACGCACCUGUACCAGUCGUCGGCCCGGCGCUACGCAGGCCCCCUGCACCAUCAGACACAGCGCUUCCGGCUGGACAACUUACUCAACAUGGCCUACGGAGUCAAGAGGUUCUCGCCCAUCGCCAUCGACGGCAUGAGCGGCCUGGCGGGCGUGGGCCUGGCGGGGGGCGCCGCGGGCGCCGGCUGGUGCAUCUUCGUGUACAACCUGUCGCCGGAGGCGGACGAGAGCGUGCUGUGGCAGCUGUUCGGGCCCUUCGGGGCCGUCACCAACGUCAAGGUCAUCCGCGACUUCACCACCAACAAGUGUAAGGGCUUCGGCUUCGUCACCAUGACCAACUACGACGAGGCGGCCAUGGCCAUCGCCAGCCUCAACGGCUACCGCCUGGGCGAGCGCGUGCUGCAGGUGUCCUUCAAGACCAGCAAACAGCACAAGGCCUGA